CGUCAACGUUAUAGGUCUCCAGCAAAAAAAACUCGCCAGGUCUCAAAUAUGUUCAGUUACCUUUCACCGCAAUGUCAACAUGAAGGAUGUUCAGCCACCAUUUUUGUCGAGGAUACUAAAUUCCUGGUUUGUAAACAGCAGUUAUCCCAUGUAAGUGAAUAUUUCCGAUCAUUCUCCUUGAAUGAAUUCUCAAUUGUCGUUUCGUCGUUUACUCAUCCACCACCAGCAACACAAUUCAAAUGGUUCUUAGAGAGUAUUAUACAGGCACCAGUAUUACGGGACAUAACCGACGAUACGCUCGAAACACUUAUGAGGCUCUCAAAACGUUUUCGAGCUCAAGGAUUAGAAAUGCGCUGCGUAAAUAAAAAAGCUCCUAUGGUUGCUUUAUGUUGGUUAAAUUGGGUUUUAAAACAUAAAUUUGAUAAAGCGACACGUAAUGCCUGCCUUCCACGGGUCGCUACCUCAUCGUUAACCUCUUUAGAGGAACACCGAACUAUGAUUACUGAAAAGUUGUUGGCAGAUUUAUUUGCUGCUAAAUUAAGAGCGUUGUAUGCUCAGGCAGUUAAUGUAUUUCAAACUAUCCACACCAUGGAUCACUUCCACGUAGAUGUUGAUAGAUGUCCACGAUGCGGCCGUUGUUUUAUUAUCAAUAAUUUUAAACACCACAACUUAAGAUCUUUAGUCUAUCUUACGCACUUACGGUUCUGUUCUUUUCAAGCUUUCUAUCAGUGCCCUCACGGAUUAAUACCGUUAAAUGAUCGGACAUCAGAUUGCCAUUGCCAAGUCUCGCUGUUAGCUGCCCAACUAACAGACUUAUGUAUUGACCGAAAGGAUUCAUACAAACAAGACGAUAGCUGA